UGGAUUGGAGUCACUGGACUCAGAAGUGUAUAUAGCUGCAGGUAUAGCUCGGACAGAAUUUAUCUUUUUAAAUUCGGCAUCCUUUAUGACGUUGUGAAUUUAUAUAAAUAGAUUUUUUCUAUUUUUUUUACAACAAGACAGCAACGCCAUGGAACUUAAUUCUCUUCUAAUUCUGCUGGAGGCUGCAGAGUAUUUGGAAAGGAAAGACAGAGAGGCAGAACAUGGCUACGCGUCUGUUUUACCGUACAGUAGCGACUAUUCCCGAAAGAAAACGAAAGCCUCGCCAAUUUCCAGAAAAACACAGAACAAUAGGUCGUCGCACAACGAGCUGGAGAAACACAGGUUUUUGGGCCCAAGAAACAAAACGUUCAGAUCAGUUGUCCAAUGUGAACUGCAACAUUAGACAACACGGCAGACGUGCCAAACUACGGCUGUACUUGGAGCAGUUGAAGAAGCUGGUGCCUUUGGGCCCAGACAGCACAAGACACACCACACUGAGCUUGCUGAAAAGGGCCAAGAUGCACAUCAAGAAACUUGAGGAGCAGGAUAGAAAGGCUCUGAACACGAAGGACCAGCUGCAGAGAGAGCACCGCUACCUCAAACGUCGCCUGGAGCAGCUCUCGGUUACAGGGUCUGUCGAGCGCGUCCGUACUGACAGCAUGGGCUCGACCAUCUCCACCGACUCCGAACAAGAGGUGGACAUCGAGGGCAUGGAGUUCACGCCCGGGGAGGCGGACAGCGUGGACAGCAUCAGCGACGGCGAAGAAGAGGACCACUACAGUCUCCAGAGCAGCUCCAGCGACAACAGCUACACGGCCCCACAUUCCCACAGACUGCAGCCGCACCACUGUUAAACACAGCGCCAACAUCCGGCUCUCAAACAGCUUCCUCACCCGUGCUUUCCUACUCUCACCCUACUUCACUCUGGCCAUUCACCAUCACCAAUGGCGCCCUCUACCUACACCAGACCGAUCAACAAUGGUACACCCUGAACAAAUUCAUUCUUUCCUGGUCAUGGGUCUCCAGGAAUCACACAGGGCUGAGAUGCCAUUCAAGCAUUCCUUGACCUUCGCCCCGAGCUCCACCCCAGAAUAAUGACCUUACCUCACCCGACGGUAUCCUGCCUGUCCCUGCCCCUCCUGACACACCCAGCCCUCCCACCGUUCUCACAGCCCCUGCACAGUGAUGCCCCAGGCCAGACAGAGCAGAGCAGAGCAGUGUUGGUGGGUUUGUGAGGGAAGUGCGUGCUGUAGUGCGGUGACGUCGGCUACGAAUUGUUGUUUGGAAAAUCUUUAUUAAGCGUGAGCGUUUGUGUUUGUGCAGCGGGGAGACUUUAGGAGAUAACGGUGUCAUGUCACGUCGUCAUGUGUGGCAAUAAUUCACUGACGUUGGUGACGUUAACACCAAAGUUCUUCUCUUUGUUCUGCAAAAUAUGCAACACCAGGACCUUGAAGGCUCUUUACACAAUACCGUCAUGUCUUUUCUCUUACACAAUCUUUAGGCGUUGCCGCUGCAGAGUUCCUACCUGUUUCUGCAGUUCAGUGUUUCUAUCAACCUUUUGUACUAACCCUGGAAAAAUAACAGCACAACCAGUUGUCGUGGCUCAACAUAAAGCCUGGUAACGAGGGGAAACAGAAGGGACAGUUCAGAUAAAGAACGCAGGAAAACUAAGUAAAAAAAAACAUAGACAAAAAAAUUGCCCAAUCAUUUUGAGUGUCACCAGAACUAAAUGAUGCUUUUUCUGUUCUUCUCAUCAGGAUGUUUUGUGGUGGAAAUAUUUUCCAGUGGCAAAUACAAACAGCAGGUGGCGGUAGUGUAGCUUUAAGGUCACAGGACUGGCCCGAAAACCUUAGCAAAACCAGAAUCUUCGAGGACAGUGAUUGCCGUAAAUAAGAAAUCUCUAAAUAAGACCAAGUUUAACAUUUUGCCCUGGUGUACGGCACCACGGAGCAGCAGAGCUUGUUGCUAUAUUUAGCCAGUCACAUCAUCACCACAGCUGGCUGUGGUGAUUGAGUUCUGGCUCAGUCUUGUUUGUUCACCAGCCUCAAAUCCUAGAAUUGAUCGCUCUUACG